CAACUUUGAGUCAGAGGAAGGGUUCAACAUGUAGUUCACUGUGAGACGUCUGGCCUCCAAAACCUCAUUUUCAGGUGGACAAAAGCAACAAGGUAAAACUUAAAUACUUUACAUUAUAUUAUUUUAUUAUUAUGUUUCGUUACCUGUUCGUUAAGUUAAUCUAAAGAGCAACACUUCCUGUUUCGGCGAUUUGUUUUCAAAAUGAAAGCGCGACGAGCAUUAAACACUAAUUUAGCUCAAAUAUGAUUAUCAUAAACGGAAUAUUACACUAAAGUGCAAUUAUAAACACAAAAUUACUCUUAAAUGUUCCCUUGUUUGUCGAUAAUCUGAUCUGGAUAUAACACAGACGGAAAGAGGUGCUUUUAUUUUGAAAAUGAUCUACCCAGAGUUGGCGUAAUUUUCUGUUUAACAUCAAUAAAAUGUUUAUAAAAAAUACAUUUAAGGGUGCGAUUAGUUGCUGAUAACCAGUGUGAGAUGUUUUCCUACAUAUUAAUGUAUAAUUUAGUAUUAAAGCACCGUGUUUAACGCGUUUAACUAGUCGGACUGUCAGAAUAAAAGCGCUCUCGUUGUUUGGAGACAUGUCAGAACAUGUUGACGUUUGAUUUCCGUGCAUCAAAAAUCUGCAGCUAAACAAUUUCAUCAUCAUGGAGGGAGCUUCUGCCGCUCCGCCCUCCGUGGCUGCUCAGGUUCCUUUCAUCCACCUCUGCAACACUUUAGAGAAAAUCCAGAAGUCUAAACUGCGUCCAGAUAAAUCUAAAAUCCUCAGGGACUUCAUCGAGUCGUGGAGGAAGUUUCACUCCGUGCUGCACAAAGAAAACCCCAAAACGGGCGACUCCUUCUACCCGGCGAUGCGGCUCAUCGUCCCGUCCUUCGAGCGAGAGCGAAUGGCGUACGGCAUCAAGGAGAGCAUGCUGGCCAAGCUCUACAUCGACGUGUUGGGCCUCCCGAAGAACGGACCCGAAGCAAAUAAACUGCUGAACUACAGAGCGCCGACGACGUCCCAAGGAGAGGCCGGAGACUUCGCCGGCAUGGCGUACUUUGUGCUGAAGAAACGGUGCAGCAGCGAAGGAAAGCUGAGCAUCAAAGAGGUGAACGACUUCCUGGACUCGGUGGCGAUCAACAACGCCGGCAAGCAGAAGGAGCUGGUGAAGAAGAGCCUGCUGCACCUCAUCACGCAGAGCUCGGCGCUGGAGCAGAAGUGGCUCAUCAGGAUGAUCCUGAAGGACAUGAAGCUGGGCGUCAGCAAGGAGACGGUGCUGCAGGUGUUCCACCCGGACGCCGCCGAGCUCUACAACGUCAACACCGACCUCAACAAAGUCUGCCAGCAGCUGCACGACCCGUCCGUGUCCCUGAGCGACGUCUCCAUCGGACUCUUCUCCGCCUUCAAGCCCAUGCUGGCCGCCGUGGCCAACAUCCGCAACGUGGAGAAGCAGAUGGGGAACGGCUCCUUCUACAUCCAGACCAAGCUGGACGGCGAGAGAAUCCAGCUGCACAAAGACGGCGACGUGUACAAAUACUUCAGCCGCAACGCCUUCGAGUACACGCAGCAGUUCGGAGGAUCGCCACUAGAGGGCUCUCUGACGCCGUACAUCCACAACGUCUUCAAAAGCAACGUGGUCAACUGCAUCCUGGACGGGGAGAUGAUGGCGUUCAACCCGACCACCGACACCUUCAUGCAGAAAGGGAGCAAAUUCGACAUCAAGAGGCUGAUGGACGACUCGGAGCUGCAGACGUGCUUCUGCGUGUUCGACGUGCUGCUGGUGAACGACCAGAAGCUCGGCAAGGAGCCGCUGCAGAAACGCUACGAGACCCUGCAGACGGUUUUCACCCCGGUGAAGGGAAGGAUGCACCUGGUGCCCAAGUCAGACGCCAGGACUGUGCAGGAGGUGGUGAACGCCCUGAACGACGCCAUCGACAGCAGAGAGGAGGGCAUCAUGGUGAAGGAUCCUCUAUCCAUCUACAAACCGGACAAACGUGGAGAGGGAUGGCUGAAGAUCAAACCGGAGUACGUGGACGGUUUGAUCGACGAGCUGGACCUGCUGAUUGUUGGCGGCUACUGGGGGAAAGGCAGGCGCGGCGGUAUGAUGUCACACUUCUUAUGUGCUGUUGCAGAAGCUCCAAAGCCUGGCGAGAAACCGUCAGUUUUCCACUCGCUGUGCAGAAUCGGCUCCGGCUACACCAUGAAGGAGCUGUACGAGCUCGGGUUAAAGCUCGCCAAACACUGGAAGGUUUACCGGAAAAACGACCCGCCGGCGUCCAUCCUGUGCGGCACGGAGAAGCCAGAAGUCUACAUCGAACCGUGCAACUCCGUCAUCAUCCAGGUGCGGGCGGCGGAGAUCGUAGGUAGCGAUAUGUACAAAACCAGCUGCACGUUACGCUUCCCGAGGAUCGAGAAGAUCCGCGACGACAAGGAGUGGCACCAGUGCAUGACGCUGGCCGAGCUGGACCAGUUCCGCAGCAAAGCGUCCGGGAAGCUCUUCUCCCGCCAUCUGCAGAUCGACGGAGACGAGCCGCAGAAGAAGAAGAGGAAGAUGGCGGCCAAGCCCAAGAAGGUGAUCGGGAUCAUCGACCACUUCAAGCCGCAGGAUCUCUCCGGGGUCAAGAAGGAGACGGACAUGUUCGAGGACGUGGAGUUCUGCAUCCUGAACGGCACCGAGGAGCACCCCAAGGCCGAGCUGGAGAAGGGCGUGGCCAGGUGUGGCGGUAUCGUGGUCCAGAACCCGGGCCGGGACACCUACUGCGUGGUGGCGGGCGUGGAGAACAUGCGGGUGAAGAACCUGGUGUCGGCGGACCAGCAGGACGUGGUCUGGGCCGCCUGGCUGCUGGAGUGUCUGCAGCAGAAGGAGGUGGUUCCCUGGCAACCGCGCCACAUGAUCCACAUGUCUCCCUCCACCAGGGAACACUUCGCCAAGGAGUACGACAGCUACGGCGACAGCUACCUGGUGGACACGGACCAGCAGCAGCUGCGGGACGUGUUCGCCCGGAUCGGCGAGGCGGACCCGGUGGACGUGGGUCAGGUGGAGCAGCGGUGCGGCUGGGACGACCUGCCCACCAGCAUGUUCAGACCCUUCGAGGUCUACAUGGACCGCUACGCCGUCAUCGGAGACCCCAAAACCGCCGAGCCCGCCUCCUGCCUGGACGUCAGGGCGCUGGAGUUCAGCUACCACGGCGGCACGGUGCUGCAGACGCUGGACGAAGGAGUUUCUCACGUCGUCGUCGGGGAGGAAACACGAGUUCUGGACUUACGGGCGCUGCGGCGCCGAUUCAGGAAGAAAUUCAAGAUCGUGAGAGAGUCGUGGGUGACCGACUCCAUUGAGGCCGGCUACCUGAAGAACGACAACGACUACUUAGUUUAAACGUCCUUUCUGGACAUUUUGACUUUUUUCAGACUUACCACUGAGGCACAGUGCUGCAGACGCUGGAGGAAGGAGUUUCUCACGUCGUUGUCGGAGAGGAAACACGACUUGUGGACUUCUGGACGCUGCGGCGCUGAUUCAGGAAGGAGUUCAAGAUCGUGAGAGAGUCUUAGGUGACCGACUCCAUCGAAGCCGGCUAUCUGAUGAACUACAUCGACUACUUAGUUUAAACGUCUCGACGCUGGAGAGAAAAUAAUUAGUUUCUAAUAAGAUUAGUGACUUCUCAGGGUUUUAAUGCAAACUUUUUAUUGUUCUGAGCUCUUAAUGAGUCAUUAAAGCUGCUUGUUAUUGGUUUUAUAUUAAUGUUAAAGAGCAGAAGGCAAAGAUUGGAAAGCUAGAAUUUCAUUAGGAGGUUUUUUUUCACAUAUAGAAGCUGAUUAAUGUGUUGACCUCCUGCUUUUAACUUUUAUCCCAGCAGAAAUGAAUUAAUAUAAAUUAUACAUAUUAUAGAAAGGAAAAGAGAAGCUCCACUGUGUUUAUGUUAAGGACAUAUAGCUGCAUUGCUUUUCCACUGUAAUAAUCUAAAAUAGGCCUAUUUUAUUUUCAAUUGAAUCAUGCACUUACAUCAAAUUGGAGGAACUUGAAUGGUCAAACAAGUAGAGGCCAGAUCCUAAUUUUUUAAUCCAUAUUGUUGUUAUUAAACUCCAAAAACACAACUUCAUGUAACUCUAUGGUGCCUUUAAUAGGCCUCCUUUGCCUCCGAAAUGCCUAAAAAAGACAUAAAAUGACUACAAAGACACCCAAAACAACUACAAAGACACAUAAAAUGACCAAAAAUGCCAACAAAAGGACACAAAACUACUGUAAAGUGACACAAAAUUACCAAAAAAAGACAUAUGAUGUCUACAAAUUGACACAAAACAAGCACAAAAUAACUUGGGAGCUUCAUGAUGUUGUCAUGCUUUUAGGAAAUUAGUGAGAUUAUUGUCCGUGUUUUUCUGUGUGCCUUUUUCUGUUUUUAUGUCUGUUAAAUCACAUGUUAAACAAAACUCUAAUAAAUAUUUUUGAUUUUAAGAUAAAAAAAACUGUUGUGAUUUUUUUUAUCAAUUGGUAAUUCAUUUUCUACAACGUGACACAUUGGACGCCUAAAAAGGACAUAAAAUGAUGACGAAGAGACACAAAAUGAGCUAAAAACAUUCAAAAAUGUCCACCAAGGGACACAAAACAAGUAUAAA